CGUCUGUAUACGUCAUCGCUCACCUCAGCUGAUGUUUUCUAUUUUCAAACAUCAUAAAUAAAAAUUAAACUUUUAAUUAUAUUUAAUACGCUUUAUUAAGGAUUAAUUUAUUUAUUUAAUGAGAAAACAAUGAAACCGCAAAUCUAUAUUUUAGACACUAUUUUACAGAGGUUCAAGAAACUAAAUGAUCCCUGCAAUGGCAAACUGUUUGGAAUAUUCGUUAAAAAUACCCUGCACGUUCUGGGACUUCAAAUGGAAAAUGGACUUAACUUGAUCCAUUCUUUUCCAGCAGAAAUAGAUUUUUGUGGUACUUUUGAAGCAUACCCGAACCCCUCCUAUGACUCUCAACAAGUAUUAUCCAGAAGUAGUCAAGUGGAAGUUACAGAUAAUCCAAUUUUCAUCUCUAUAUUACUAACAAUUCAGAAUGAAAUUUCAUGUAAUAUUGUAUGUAAUAACCAAAUUACCAAUGUGAGCUAUACAAUUUUAACAUUACCGGAAAUUUACUCUUCUUUUAUGCAUGUGAGACUUCAAGGGGAAUUUUUGUUGCAUAGCGAGCAAAAUGAGCAAAGUAUUGCCGAUAGUUUUACUGAAUUAAGAAAGUCUAUUGCAUCAGGAGUGAUGGCUUUUACUAUACCAAAACUGAAUAUUCUCUUGGUAACAAGCGAUAGCGAAAGCGGCAUUAUAGGUUUAACAGGUGAUCCAGCUUUUGGUGAAAUUUGCCAAGAAGCCAACUGUGAAGGACCAGAAAGAAAAAAGAAAAACGAUCAAACUUUAAAGCUGGAUGCGGUCGAUAUUAGUCUAAUAAAAAGGGCAACUAGGGACGGUUUUAUCAUAGAGCCCAAAAGUCAUUCUCCAGUGGUUAUUUUAGAUAAAAAAAAGUUAGAACUUAUUAACAUUCCAUUAAAAUUAAACUUCUUGGCAAUGAUAAGUAAACAUACAAAACUGUCAAAGUUGUACGAUAUACUUUUGGAAAGUGCUAUUAAGAAUCUUAGGCUGUACGAGAGUGUAUUGCAGAACUACCUGAAAACGCACAAAAUUAGUACAGGCAUUGAGUUGCCCGAAACGAUGCAUUUUUUCCCAAAGGAAGCUGGACAUUUUUUAACUCGGAUUGUCAUUGGCAACUCAGAAAAGGAGGAUAAAGAGGAACGUGAGUUACUCCAUGAGGCCCUUUUACUGCCAAAAACCACCCCAGUGUUCAGAAAAGCGAACCAGUUCGAAUUUUCCGAUUGUAAAAAACCCUCGGGGCCAUUAAGGAACGUGCACGAAGGUCUACCACUGCCCCUCAGCGGUGAGGCUUGCAAGGUAUCUUUAGUAAAGGGAGAAUAUGAAUACUACCAUUAUGGUCAAAACAAAAUGGACGAUAAGGGAUGGGGGUGUGCUUACAGGUCGUUGCAAACCCUUGCCUCUUGGUUCAAAUUGCAAGGUUACACCAGUAGGCCUGUGCCCACCUUCAAAGAAAUCCAAAAAUGUUUGGUGGAUAUCGGGGACAAACCUGCAAACUUUAUAGAUUCCACUCAGUGGAUCGGAUCCAGUGAAGUUAAUUUCGUUUUAAAAUCCUUAUUAGGAGUAACAUCGAAAAUCCUCUAUGUAAAUUCGGGCGAGGAGUUGGGAACGAAAGGGCCGGAACUGCUGCAGCACUUUGAAAUGCAUGGCUCGCCUGUUAUGAUCGGUGGUGGAGUGUUGGCCCAUACAAUUUUAGGGGUGGAGUAUAAUCAGCUUACCGGCAGUUUGAAAUUUUUAAUCCUGGAUCCGCACUAUACGGGGGAGGACGAUUUAAACGUGAUCCUGAACAGAAAGUGGUGCGCCUGGAAGGGGGUGGAUUUCUUCAAUAAAUCCGCCUAUUAUAAUAUGUGCCUGCCGCAAGUACCCAGGGAGUUUUAGAAGCCAGGAGUUAUUAGACAGUUUAGGAGACAAAUUUAUAUGUUAAAUAUAAUUAUGGACAUUUUUAUUCAGGGAAUCCUUAAGUCUUUGGGUUUGAGGGCCAAAAACUUUGUUUAAUAUAUGAAACUUCCUUAGUAAUUAAACAAGUUCAGCUUUUAAUUAUUAAGUAAUUUACAUUAGUAUAUAUUAUUUUGUUAAUUGUUGGUAAAUAAAUUGGUAUUUUUAUA